AUGGAACACAGUGGAUAUGUCGAUAACGACGAGUUUCAUGUUUCACUAGCACGAUGGAUUUCAAGGGCACGCAUAGUUCAGGCUCGUUUGGACAAACUUCUUCUUGAACACCAGACCCACCGCAUCCGUCUUCUGCCCACUUAUGCCCGGCGUAUCGACCUUUUCACCGACCCCGAGACGUACGGUGGUUACGACCAACUGAUCAAAGUCCCUUCGGAGGACAUGGAUAGACUUUUGGCCCAGUAUGACCGUCCUCAGCUCUUCCAUCCUUCGCUCAAUGCUACUGCUACCACCUUGGCUGCUAUGGCUUACCGAGUUCGACAGGGCCGUGAAUUCGUUACUCCUCCAACCGGCUUGAGCUAUACCGGAUCAUUCCUGUAUCAAAUGGAUUGCCUUGGGCAAGAGAACUAUGUUCCGAACCCUGUCUUGGAGAAAGCCCUCGAUGUCCUGUUCCUCCUCCAUGCUGACCACGAGUUGAAUGCCUCUUCGACCACCGUGCUUCAGACCGGAAGUUCUCUCGUCGAUCCCUAUUCUGCUAUCGCAGCCGGCUGCGCAUCACUUUAUGGCCCAUUGCACGGCGGUGCGAAUGAGGCCGUCAUCCGUAUGCUCAUCUCCAUCGGAAAACCCGAGAAUGUUCCCGCUUUCAUCGAGGCGGUCAAGAAGCGAGAGAAGGUCCUUUCUGGCUUUGGUCACCGUGUAUACAAGACGUCGGAUCCCCGGUCGUUCAUUGUUCGCAAGACUGCAGAUGAAGUAUUCAAGGUCACGGGCAAGGAUGAACUCCUCGAGACUGCCAUGGCGUUGCACGAAGCUGCAAUGAAGGAUGAAUAUUUCAUUAAGCGCAGGCUGGCUCCUAAUGUCGAUUUCUGUGGUUUAAUCUAUCGCGCUAUGGGCUUCCCAUUGGACUUUUUCCCGGUGCUAUUCGCUGUUCCGCGAGUUGUUGGGUGGUUAGCGCACUGGCGGCAGAUGAUGCUGCAGGAAGGUGGUGUGAAGAUUUGGAGACCUCGACAGAUUUAUGUCGGUCCGACUAAACGGGACUACGUCCCCGUGGAGAAGCGCGUCGCUGUUGAGGGACCGAGGCAGGAGCCCAGCGAGAUAGCGCAUUCCGGAAUCACGAAGAGGACAAACCUAGCUUCGUUCAAGAACAAAGCUGUAGCCAAACUGUAG